UUGUGGAAUCAGCUGAAUUAUCGCUUGGAGCUACGAGAAAAUUUACUUUGAAAGUUGUUCGGAACACCCACUUUUAUUAUGGAAUUGGUGUCGUUCGCGAAGGAUGUGAUGCAGAACAUCGCUGAACAGGCGGCCGGCUACAGGCUCGGGCAGACCGCGUUGCGGCAUCUGGACCGAGCUCUAUGGGUCGUCGAGAAGUGCGCUAAGUGGGCGGUACCACCACCCUUGGACCAAGAUGAUAGACCUCAACCGGAACUAGUGCGUCCUCUGCCCUGGGUGUUCUUUCUAAUGAUGCUGAUUACAUUGAGAGCCACGAGGGAGUGCGUAUCCCUGCUUAACUUGGCUCUGGGCAAACCACCGCUCAGGUCUACUGACGUGGUAAUGUAUAUUCAAAGCAAACGCCGGUACUUACGCACCCUCAAGUACCAAGGAAACAGAAUUGCUCGAGCGCGAAGCACACAGAAUAAACAACCUUGGUACAGUGGACUACAGUCGCUUUUUGAGUUCACCAUGUGCUUCCGACGAUCUCACAGCUACGGGAACAAUAAUACCACGAGGGUCAGCAAUAACGACGAAGUACUAGUGGUGAAACGUACCAAGCGACCUCGCGACACCACCAGCCCGGUUCCAUCGACCAGCGAAGCCACCAUGGAGAGGCUCAUCGAAAGAAUGAUGGUCGAACUCGAUGCGGAUUCUGACGACGAUUCCAGCUAUACUCUGACCAACCCCACGAGUUUACGAAGCGAUCACUCAGAAUACGGCUCAGCGUCUGAUGACGAUACCCUCGAAAACCUCGACGUCACCGGAAACUCUGCAAUCAUGAACGACACUCCUCCCGAGGUGUACAGUGGGUCACUAACGAAAAGCGAAAGCGACUUUGUCAGCUCGACGCCGGAAAAACCAGAAGUUCGCGAGGCAGAAAUGGAAACAGUAAACAAAACUCCCGAUGUUCUAGAUGAAAAUAAGACAGAAGAAAAUGAUAUUGUCCCCGAACCUCACAAUAACAAUGCCAAAGAGAAUGUGCUGUUAAAAGAAGAAUCUCCUAAACUAUCUCAGAAGUCAAAAUUGUCGCCGAAAAUAUUGUCGACGGAUUUUCUGCAAAACGAAAGGUGUCAGAAAAGUCCUCAGAAAUCACCUAAAUUUGCGAACGGGCGAGUGAAUACACCGAGCAAAAAGAAAGGUCUCCAAACGCCGAGCCCAAACGCUGAUAGGUCCACAAGGAGGCCAUCACCGUCGAAAGAGAACCUGUAAUUAUUGAAGGUGCACUGUCAAGCCAAAUCAAGAGUGUUAUGUAAUGAGGUCUUUUUCUUGGGAUUACUCUCCUAUGAAAGGUUGGAUAAAACAAUGUAAUCCAGACUUUAGAGAAAGUCGCUUCAAAUAGUGAUGUGGUACUCCGACCGGAUCAUUCCUUCAAAUUCUUUAACCAGAACUGCCGUCUGCUACCUACACAUUAAUUUCCCAGCGAUUUUCAGAAGUGGUGAUUGUUACAAUAUAUAAAAAGAUAUACUUUAGCUAUAUUUACAAAUACAAUGAACGACUGUUACGUUUAUUAUGAAAUUAUUACAUCGAUAAGUCAAUAUUAAUAAUAAUUGUUAUAAUUUAGUAGAUAAGAGUGCAUAAUUAUAAUUAACGUCAACAAAAAGUGCACAACAACUGGAUACGUCUAGUUGAGUUUAAGUUAAGUCAGUCAAUUACAAGUUGAUGGAAAUGUAAAGUUUAUAGCGCUGAAAGGGUGUACCGAGAGUUCAGACCAUCGCUUUGGAAGAUAAUAGAAUAAAACCCACAUUCCCACACCUCGUUUGAUUUUAAAAUCGGGAGUUAUCGUGUAUAAAACUUUUUUUAUCAUGAUACUUAAUGUUGAUAUCUGCUUCUUCAGUCCUUUCGAUGCCAUGUACGUUGCAAAACGUCCGAAACGUCAAGGUGAAUAUAACCUUUUUUAUAAAAAAACCUGCCUCAAAAGUUCGUGGUAUUACAUCUAUUUGCCAACUUAUGGUUACCGGAAAGUGCGCGAAACCGGAUUCAUCCUCUAGUUUAAAGCUGUAAUAUUUUCUUC